AUGGAGAAACUAGUGAUCGAAAAUGCAAAUGAUGGAUUUAGCAAUUGGAAGCAUCUUGGUGAGAGGCUCAAAGAACAUGAGAAUAGUGUUGAACAUAUGACUAAAAUGACAAAUUGGAAUGAACUAAAAAUGAGAUUAAAUAAUAAUCAAACUAUUGAUAAAGAUUUACAAAAUGAAAUUUCAAAAGAAAAAGAACGAUCCAAUGACAAAAUUUACUUUGAUAAUAAUGGCAAUUUUUUGGGAUUGAUUGAGAUGAUUGCAGAAUUUGAUUUGAUAAUGCAAGAUCAUAUUAGACGUAUUCAAAACCAUGAAAUUCAUCGUCAUUAUCUUGGUCACAAAAUUCAAAAUGAGUUAAUUUCUAUUUUGGCCCAAAGUGUUAAAAGUCUUCAAAUUGAUGAUGUGAGAGGCCAAGGUUAUGAUAAUGGUUCUAAUAUGAAAGGAAAGCAUCAAGGUGUUCAAAAACGAUUACUUGAAGUAAAUCCAAGAGCAUUGUAUAUGCCAUGUGCUUGUCAUAGUCUUAAUCUUACUGUUAGUGAUAUGGCACAUUCUUGUGUUAAAGCAAUUUCAUUUUUUGGAGUUAUGCAACGUCUAUAUGCUUUAUUUUCAAGUUCUCCUAAAAGGUGGAAAAUUUUACUUGAUAAUGUUCCAAGCUUGACUGUGAAAUAUUUGUCAAAUACUCGUUGGGAGAGUAGAAUAAAAAGUGUCAAAGCAAUUAGAUUUCAAGCUCCUGAAAUAAGGUUGGCUUUGUUAGAAUUAUCUAAUUCUUGUGAUGAUGCCAAAUCAAAAAGUGAAGCGGACAGCUUGGUGAGUGCACUUGAGAAUUUUGAAUUUUUACUUGGAAUUGUUAUUUGGCAUGACAUUUUAUUUGCUAUUCAUAUGCUAAGUUUAUCAUUCUUUUCUCUGCUGUUAUUGUUACUAUACUCCAUAAUUGUUUGCCCGGGCAUGAACAUUACUACUGAUGAAUCCUCUCUUCUUGCAUUGAAAUCAAGCAUUAGCAUGAACUCUCAUCCCAUCAUAAUGACCAACUGGUCUAAUGCUUCCUCUGUGUGUGAGUGGAAGGGAGUUACAUGUGGCACUCAUAAUCAACGAGUGAUUGCUUUAGACAUCUCUCAAAUGGGGCUUUUUGGAACCCUUCCUCCACAAAUAGGAAACCUCUCUUUUCUUGUUUCCUUCAAUGCAAGUGGCAAUAAUUUCACCGGGAGUCUACCUGAUGACUUAACUCAUUUGUAUCGGUUGAGAGUCUUUGAUGUUAGUAUCAACAAUUUCAUUGGAGAAGUCCCUUCACAGAUUGGGUUCUUGUCUAAUCUUCGAAUAUUGAUUCUUGAUGACAAUCUCUUUACAGGAUCUAUCCCUGUUUCCUUUCUAAACUUGUCGAAGCUAGAAACCAUGCACUUGAGUUUUAAUAAAUUCAAUGGCUCUAUCACAUCUACAGUAUUCAAUGUUUCCACCUUGAAAAGUUUAAGAAUCUUAAACAAUCAUUUCUCCGGUACUAUUCCCUUAGAUUUGUGUCUUCGACUUAUAAAUCUGAUAAGGCUCGACGCAACCAGUAACGUUUUAAGCGGGAAAGUGCCAAAGAGUUUAUCCAUGUGUUCCAAAGUAAGAUAUUUGGCUUUGAAUUACAACCAUUUUGUGGGAACAAUACCACCAGAACUUGGGAACUUAACAAGUCUUGAAAUCCUUCGUCUUGGAGGUAACAACCUUGGAGGUACGCCAUUAUCCUUAAUUCUUUCCUAA